AUGGUGUCGUGGAAGACGGUGCAAGACAGCAAAGGAAGGACAAAAACAGAGUACGAGACUUUGUGGAAGGUCGACGAAAUGAAUGAUGACCUGGGGACAUCUGCCGACAACCCAGACGUUAGCACGGUCCGGAUGCCACCAGGUGUUGAGCUUGUCUUCUUCGGAGACGUAUGCGAGUAUUCCGUGCAUGCGUCGGUCGGCCCGAUGGACAAGUUUGGCUUGCGUGCGGGGAAGACGGCCAAUCAAGUGCCGCUGAAGAUUUUGGUUGAUGGCAAAUCCUAUGGUGGAAUCGAGUGGGGCAUCGACGGCUCCAAUGCUGCUGCUUUGGAAUCCUCUGUCAUCUGCCCUGCGUGGUUGAUUCCCGCCGCAAUGACCCUCAAUGACAAGAAGCCUCCCAGGCAUGCGUUCGAGUUUGCUUUCAAGCAUGACUUGAGCUUCAAGUACGAGCUGCCGGUCAAUGGUGUGAUGAAGGAAUGCGAGGUGAAGGUCACCUACCCGAUCCUUAAGUCCGUUGAUGACUGCAUGUGCAUCGUGAAGGAUGUGAAAGAGAAAGCGAUGGCCAUCGUUUGCAGAGGAUUGCUGCCUGGCGAGACAUUGCGCAACAAGAAGCGUGGUGCCACCAUUGAGGGUGAAGCCGAUCAGAAGGUUGCCACUGAGCCCAUGCAACUUUCGACGAAGGUUGGUGCAGGUGCCGCCGUGAUGCAAGCACUGAACAAGAAGUCCGGUGCAUCGGCAGCUGCCGGCAGUUUGGUUUUGAAGACCCCCAAAGACGCUAGGCACUUGGUCAAGUGA